CUGCAAAAAAAUUCAAGGAUAUUGAUGAUGGAAACCUGUCUGAAGGCGAAACAUACGAUAGUAGUAAUAGUAGCGAUUUAAAAUUACCAAGAAGUCCUUAUCCAUCAAGCACAUAUGAAGAUAUUUUAGAUUUGAGAUCUCCUUCAUCCAAUAAUAAUGUUCAUAAGCUUAGAAGAACUGUUUCAUUUUCUGAUUUGGAAGUUAGUCGAAAGCAUGAUUUAAAAAUGGCGCCAACUAGGAUAAUAAUGGAUAUUCAAACUUAUACAAUGUAUGUGGAUCUAAAACAAAAGGAGGCAUCAUUAAAAAAUUUAAUUGAACAGUUAACGAUGGUUUCAGAAGAGUAUUCAGAGCAUAUUGAAAAACUGUCAAAUUCAUACGAAGAAAAAUUUAAUAAUUAUAAAGACACUGGGAAAAAAGGUCUAGAAGUAUUGUCUAAACAAAAAUUAAUAGCAGAUAGGGUAAAUCAGAUUGACACAAACAGUGCAAAAUUAAAUUAUGAAUUAGGUGUAUUAGAAGAUAAAUUAAAAGAAAUGGAGGAAUUCAUAGAUAAUUUUUGUUUAAAGGUUACUUAA